AUGACGAUCUACCUCGAAUCUUCAUCAACGUUCAUCCAUCUCAACCACAUACCACGUCCACAUCCCACUCGACGAUUCGUCAGGGAUCCAGCUCUCAAAGGGCUUCCAAGCAGCGCGAUGAGCUCCGGCUCUGGCUUCCGCGACAAGAGAAGCCAGCAGGCGUGCGUGCCGUGUCGCCGCAAGAAGAGCAAAUGCCCGGCUGAGAAGCCGGUAUGCUCAGCCUGCCAGCGCCUGAAUCUACGCUGCGAAUACCGCGCCAAGGACCCAGUCACCAAACCGCAAGCUUCCACAGCACAAGUUCCAGCAGGCGUCAAGUGA